UAGUGUUCAAGGAGCACAAGGGACUCAGGAAAUGCCAGCAUUGUCCUGUCUAGGGGGGUAAGAGAGGACGGAACAAACGCUGCUUGAGAGGUGUGUGAUUGAGCUAGAUCAAGGAAGUUAAGGCAAGGAAGUAGGGGGAGGGAACCUUUAGAGAUUGUUCCAGGCCUUCUGAGAAGCAUGGUGGUUUAGGGAGUGAAACAGAAGCCUUUAAGAAGCUGUGUGGGUUGGGGCUGCUGAGAAAGAACCCGAGAAACGAAUUGGCUGUGAUGUUGUAUCUUGGAUCUGAAGAAAAUGGAACUGAGGAAACCAAAAGCGAAGGCGCCCCUUCCUCCUGCUGAGACGAAGGGCAUGGGUGUUUCUUCUUCUGAGGAGCCUGGAGAAUCGACUGCUGUCAUCGCAGAACGAAAUGAAAAUAUGGUAGAUAAAGACAUUGACCUCUCGGUGGUCCUGCCUGGAGACAUUCUCAAAUCCACUACUGUUCCUGGCAGUAAGCCAAUGAUGGACUUGCUCGUGUUCCUCUGUGCACAAUAUCACUUAAAUCCGUCAAGCCACACAAUUGACUUACUUUCUGCUGAAGAGAAUCUCAUCAAAUAUAAGCCAAACACACCAAUAGGAAUGCUGGAGGUAGAGAAGGUCAUUUUAAAGCCAAAAUCUCUGGACAAGAAGAAGCCUACACCGAUAAUCCCAGAGAAAACUGUCCGAGUAGUGAUCAACUUUAAGAAAACCCAGAAGACCAUAGUGAGAGUUAGUCCCCAUGCACCGCUGCAAGAUCUUGCUCCCAUUAUAUGCAGUAAAUGUGAGUUUGAUCCCUUGCAUACAGUGUUGCUGAAGGACUACCAGGCUCAGGAGCCCCUGGACUUGACGAAGUCUCUUAAUGACUUGGGACUAAGAGAGUUAUAUGCCAUGGAUAUCAGCAGAGCCCCCUCUGUCACUGCCUUCCGUAAGUCAUCUCUCCAAGAGUCCUGCCAAAUAUUACAGACCCCAGACAUUGUGAAGGAGAAGGAAAACCGAGGGAUUUUCAGCUUUUUCCAGCGUAGUAAAAAAAAGCGGGAGCAGACUGCCAGCGCACCUGCGACCCCGCUCGUGAGCAAGCACCGUCCAUCUUUUACAAGGUCCAACACCAUUUCCAAACCCUACAUUUCCAACACACUACCCUCGGACGCGCCCAAGAAAAGGCGUGCCCCGCUGCCCCCCAUGCCCACGUCGCAGGGCGUUGUGCAAGGCCAGGAGAGGCGAGCUUCGUGUGUGGUGAGAUCCACAAGCGUGGACGACGCUGACAAGAGUUCCACGGACGGGGUCAUGGUGAGGACAGGGUCCCUGCAGCUCAGUAGUUCGUCAGGAACUUUGUCUCUGAAAAGAACAAAGCGAAAAGCACCCGCCCCACCUUCGAAAACACCCCUGCAGAACGAUGACAGCAGCCUUGCGUCUGAUAAUGCCCUGCUUCCAGAAGAUGGAGUUGCUCCCGACAGCGCUUUAGAAGCAGACUCUCCUGAGGUGCUGUCCAGCCCAGAUGGCUCCCCUGGCCCCCGGUUCCUAAGCCAGGAGCAGUGUACUGUGCCCAAGCCGGCGGAUGAACUCUCGCUCUCUGAGGGCCCUGGAACUCCAGAGGCAGCUGUAGCAUCCUUGACGUCUGGUGUAAGCUCUGAUUAUAGUCUUGAAGAGAUAGAUGAAAAGGAAGAACUGGGUGAGUCAUCCAAAGAUCAGGCCGGAAGUGGUUCUGUGAAAUUGCCUGACGUCCCUUCGGAAUCUACUGAUAGAACAAAUGUGUUGGAGAAUGAUCCUGACUCAGCGCUCAGCCUUAGUGAUGGAGAGGCCUCCCCAAGCUCCAAGGGACAAAGCCAAGAAGGCAGAAACACAGAGGGAAAAGGGCCAAAUAAUCCUGUCAUAUAUGAUAUGAACAAUGAAGACACAGUAUCUGACCGUAUUAGAGACUUGAAGACAUUGGAAUCAAGCCAAGAGCACGUUCAAAAUGAAAUUAUGGUCUGUGCCACAAACACAGAUCAUGUGAAAGACAGACUGAGGAAAGCAGAAACUGCUGUAGAAGGCAAAGCCCCAGAGAAAGCCGCGGACGUGGAAACUGGUGGACUCCCAGGCUCCCCUGUGUGUAGAACGGAUAAUGCUGCACCGUCAGGACCUAAUCCAAAAAUGAAUCAACCAAGCGUAGAAAAGACAAAAAUGCAAGAUGCGGCAAUUCAGGCCACUCCUGCCUGCAGCAGUUUUGAUGGGAAUCAUGCAGUCCAUAAUUCGUCUGACCUCAAGGUUGAUGAGAGUGUGCAGACUUCAGCUAGCAGCAGAUCAACCCAGCACUCAUCCUCGAGUCUCCAGGGUUCUGUAAAGGCCUCAGAGGCAUCCAGGAGUCCCAGCACCCCAACACAUGUCCCAGAUAGACUCCCCAUGAAAGAGCCAGCUUGUGCGGCUGGGAACGAUGGCCCUCUGUCUCCUGUAGACGGAAGUGACAAGAUUCCAGCUGCUCUUUACCAAAAGAAUUCUCCACUUUACAGACAGGACUACAGCCCCAAGCCAAAACCGUCAAAUGAAAUUACGAGAGAGUAUAUCCCUAAAAUUGGAAUGACAACAUACAAAAUAGUGCCUCCCAAAUCCCUGGAGCUAGUGAAAGCCUGGGAAUCGGAAACACUGGAGGAUAAAGAUGGUCAAAAGAUGCAUGCUGCAGGGCAGAAGCAUGUGCUUGAGAAUACGAAAGAAACAGCCAUGCAAACAGAAGGCGCCCUUGCUACUUCCAGAGGCUCCCAGGAGCCUCAGCCUGACCUUAAACCAAAGCCCAGCCCAGGCACAGAGCGCCCUUUGCAGAGGACUCUGAGCUCACCUACUGGUGCCGAGAACCCCCCGAAACCUCCCAGGGUGACUAUGGACACUGGCGGCGUUCCGUUUGCACCAAAUUUGGAAGACAUAAACAAUAUUCUGGAGUCAAAAUUUCGAGCCCGAGCUUCAAAUCCCCAGGCCAAACCAAGUUCGUUCUUUUUGCAGAUGCAGAAGAGAGCGUCAGGCCACUAUGUGACUUCUGCGGCUGCUAAGAGUGUCCACACGGCCCCCGGGCCUACCCCCAAAGAACCAGCAACCAAAGAGGUGCAGAGAGACUCACGGCCCCCUCCAGAGCAAAUUCUUUCUCCCUUAAGUGAAAGGACUCAUUCUGCUCCGCUGUCCAAUAUUUCAAAAACCGAUGGAUUCAUCCAGAAGCCUGCUGAGAUAUCUCUUCCUCCUGUAGCUCCCAAGCCUGUGGCUUCUCCUGCUGAGAUCUCUCUUCCUCCUGUAGCCCCCAAGCCUGUGGCUCCUCCUCCUGAGACAUCUCCUCCCCCUGUAGCCCCCAAGCCUGUGGCUCUUCCUCCUGAGCUCUCUCCUCCCCCUGUAGCCCCCAAACCUGUGGCUCUUGCUCCUGAGACCUCUCUUCCCCCUGUAGCCCCCAAGCCCCCUGGUGGUCAGGGGACAUCACUAAACCUGAAGACCUUGAAAACUUUCGGGGCCCCACGACCCUACUCCAGCUCUGGCCCCUCCCCCUUUGCCCUUGCUGUGGUGAAGCGGUCACAGUCCUUCAGUAAAGCGCGUCCAGAAUCACCCAGUGAGGACUGCUCUGCCCAGCCUGCAGCUAACAGGGAGGGUGAAAAGACACACACAGUAAAUACACCUGCGGUGGUUCCCCAACACGAUGAUGUUGAGAAGAAAAAUAAACCUGUACCGAACGAACAGAGUUCUCAAAUGCUGACUCCAGCUGAUGGCCCAUUGCUCACCCUUAAGAGGCAGAGUUCUCUAACAUUCCAAAGCUCUGACCCGGAGCAGGUUCGGCAGAGCUUGCUGACCGCAAUCCGUUCUGGAGAGGCUGCCUCAAAGUUAAAGAGAGUUACUGUUCCGUCCAAUACAAUAGCUGUGAAUGGAAAGUCAGGACUCAGCCAUGCUGUGUCCUCUGAUGCCCAGGACAGUGGCUAACAUUACCUGCUGUGACACACUUCACUGACCAGCCUUCUGCGUACAAGGGAUAUCGGAAGAUGUAUAUUCAGAUGUACACUAAUAUAUAAAUCUAUUCAAGAAUAAGCAUUUGUGUUAUGGAUUUAAUGCCAAAAGGAACAUGGCUAGAGUUUAUAAUUUAUAAUAACGUUUGGUCUUAUUUGUCAUAACUAAGCAGUGCUGCUUUAGAAACUAAACAAGAUGUAAAUGACUUGGUUUUUUCCCCCUACUGCUGAAUAAUCACAGCUUAGUGAUUUUUUUUUGUUUUAUUUAUGGACAUACUGUGUACCAUGAAACAAAGGUGUGUAUUGAGAUUUAUGGACAUAUUGUAUGACAGGGAAACAGGCAAGCACAGACUAACAUUUACUGCCUCAGCAUUAGACUGUAAUUGGAAACAUAAAUUAGAAUAAAGCCUUUUUGGCUGAAAGAUAUCGAAAACUAGUAAAUCAAAUAAAUAAUAUUCAGUUAUUUUUAUUGAGGAACCAUUUCAUGUGAGACUUAUUUUGUGCAUUCUUUAAUUACAAGUGAGUGCCAGAUCUAUAGGAAAUAAGAAUAUUACUUUUUAAAUAUAUCACUUUAACCUUUAGUAGUUAAAUUGCACAAGGAGAUUUUAAGAUGCUUUUUGUAUAUAAUUAUGAUGGUGUUGCACAGAUAUUACACAUUUUCUAAUGCCAGAAGUCUUAAAAUAUUCCUAUGAAAAUGUUGAUAUAUUAUGGCAGGUAUUUCCCAUUUGGUAUAUAGGGAGAACAGAGGCUAGUUUAUGUCCAUAUUCAAAACUUUAAAGACUAGUUAGAAGUUUAUAAAAUGUUGAUUUAAUUAAAAUAAAAUGCUGUAUUAGUCAUUUAUGAAGCUCAGAUGUUAAUUGUCUAAAUAAUAAUAUAUAUUUUCCUGGAAGCCAACUGGUUAAGGGGAACAAUACUUGAUGUGUACUUGGCUUAUAGUGAUGCUAGAGUCUAGAACAUGUUGAUGUUCUGAAUUUCCUUAAAAAUUUAAUGGCUCAUUUAUUCCAGAGACUGUUCAAACAGCCUGACACGGUUUGAAUCUUACUAAAGAUACUGGUGUAUCUGCCAUUUUGACAAAUAUGAAUUCUUUUUCCAGUUAAUAAAAGCAAGUUAUAUAUUUGAA